AUGCGCUUAAAACAGGCCGUCGUAUGUGGUCAAUGCACUGUGCGGCUUAAUCGCCCUCUUCUACAGUAUAAAAGCAUUGUCUCCCAAUUCACAUUCAAACGCUCCAACAGUCAUGUCGCCCAAACCGAUCGGCCUGUCCGUGUGGCGGUCGUGGGCUCCGGCCCAGCGGGAUUCUAUGCUGCCUAUCGUCUUUUGGCUAAGCAAAAAGAUGCGAUAGUUGAUAUGUAUGAGAAACUACCUGUGCCAUUCGGCUUGGCUAGGUACGGUGUUGCUCCAGACCAUCCCGAAGUCAAGAAUUGCGAAGAUAAAUUCACCGAGGUGGCCGAGUCCACGCGCUUCAAUUUCGUCGGUAAUAUUGACCUCGGACAUGAUCUGCCGCUCGCUGCCCUCAAACCACACUAUGAUGCCAUCAUAUUCGCCUACGGAGCCACAAAAGAUAAGGAGCUGGGGAUUCCUGGAGAACAGGCUUUACAUAGCGUGCACUCAGCCCGUGCCUUUGUGGGGUGGUACAAUGGUCUUCCAGAGCACAGAGAUCUCGAUCCCGACCUAAGUGGAGAGAACGCCGUUGUUGUCGGACAAGGCAAUGUUGCACUAGACGUUGCCCGGAUUCUUCUUUCGGAUGUCGAUACUCUCAGAAAGACAGACAUAGCAGAUUAUGCUGUGGAAAAACUCGCCACAAGUCGUAUCAAGCGAGUGCGAGUUGUUGGGCGCCGCGGACCCCUACAGGCUUCCUUUACCAUCAAAGAGCUCCGUGAAAUGCUACAGCUUCCAGGUGUAUCAUUUGAUCCCAUUCCAAAAGAUAUAUUUCCGCCGGAAGAGGUAGUAUCAGCACUGCCCCGGGCGCAGAAGCGUCUAAUGCAGCUCUUGGCUAAAGGAUCAGCCAAUGACCCUCUAACAGCCCCAAAGUCUUGGUCAUUGGAUUUUUUACUUGCGCCGGAUUCUCUUCACUGGUCACCUGAUUACCCAUACCAUCUAUCCCAUGUAAAGUUCUCUCGCAAUGAACUCGACCCAUCCGACCCCCACAGCCCCAGCUCCAAGGUGUCUCCAAAGUACUUGUCGAACGGAAAGCGUGCGCAGGUCAACCUACCAGCUAGCGUCUUCUUCCGGAGCGUGGGCUACAAAUCCCUCCCUCUUCCAGGACUAGAGGAUCUUGGCAUUGACUUCGAUGCGCAGCGCGGUAUCAUCCCUAAUGAUGGCUUUGGCCGCGUAACGAGCUUGUCAAAUAAGGGCGAGUCUGAAAGUUUACCCGACGGAUCUCUCAUCUCCCACCUACCCGGCCUGUAUUGUGCUGGCUGGGUGAAGCGAGGUCCAACGGGUGUAAUUGCCUCGACAAUGACGGAUGCAUUCACUACUGCAGAUUCCGUUGUGCAAGAUCUGGCAAAAUGUGCCGAUUCAACUUCUUUGCUCCAUGCACCCAAACACAGCAGCGGUCUAGGCUGGGACGGUGUGAAAAUCGAGGCCCAGCGCCGUGGUCUACGGCCCACGUCGUGGCAGGACUGGCAACGAAUCGAUGCGGCAGAGCGAGAGAGCGGUCAACUAAAGGGUAAACCUCGAAAUAAGCUCGGGCGUGUAGAAGAAAUGUUGAAGGUACUUGAUUGA